CUUAUUAGCAACCAGGGAGAUUUCUCCAUUUUCCUCUUGUCUACAGUGCGGCUACAAAUCUGGGAUUUUUUUUAUUACUUUUUUUUUAAACUACAUUUGGGCUCUUUUUCUUGGUUCGACUUUUUCCAUCUUUUUUCCCUCCCUCCAGCGCUGCUGCUUUUUGAUCUCUUCGACUGAAAUUUUUUUAUCCGGAGUGUAUUUAAUCGGUUCUGUUCUGUCCUCUUCACCACCCCCACUCCCCCCUCCCUCCGGUGUGUGUGCUGCCGCUGCUGCCGCCGCUGCCGCUGCUGCCGCUCGCCCCGUCGUUACACAAACCCGAGGCUCUUUGUUUCCCCCUUUGGAUCUGUUGAGUUUCUUUGUUGAAGAAGCCAGCAUGGGUGCCCAAUUCUCCAAGACUGCUGCGAAAGGAGAAGCCGCCGCGGAAAGGGCCGGGGAGGCGGCUGUGGCCUCAUCGCCUUCCAAAGCGAACGGGCAGGAAAACGGCCAUGUGAAGGUGAACGGCGACGCGUCCCCGGCGGCUGCCGAGCCGGGCGCUAAGGAGGAGCUGCAGGCUAACGGUAGCGCCCCAGCCGCCGAAAAGGAGGAGCCCGCGGGCGCUAGCGGGGCAGCGUCGCCCGCCGCGGCCGACAAGGAGGAGGCGGCUGCUGCUGGCGCCGAGGCCGGGGCUGGUCCUGCGGAGAAGGAGCCCACUGCGGAGGGCGAGGCCGCCGAGCCUGGAUCGCCCACCGCCGCGGAGGGGGAAGCCGCGUCGGCUGCCUCCUCGACGUCUUCACCCAAGGCCGAGGAUGGGGCCACGCCCUCGCCCAGCAACGAGACCCCGAAAAAAAAAAAGAAGCGCUUUUCCUUCAAGAAAUCUUUCAAGCUGAGCGGCUUCUCCUUCAAGAAGAACAAGAAGGAGGCUGGAGAGGGAGGCGAGGCCGAAGGCGCAGCUGGCACCUCCACCGAAGGCGGCAAGGACGAGGCCGCAGGGGGUGCGGGCGCUGCGGCCGCCGAGGGAGGAGCGGCCGCUGGGGAGCUGGCGGCGUCGGGCGAGGAGGCUGGCGCGGGCGAGGAAGGGGCGGCCAGCGGUGACCCGCAGGAGACCAAGGCGGAGGAGGCCGCGGGGGCGCCCGAGAAGCCACCCACCGGCGAGGAAAGCAAGGCCGCCGAUGAGCCCAGCAAGGCGGAGGAGAAGAAGGCGGAGGAGCCCGCGCCCAGCGCCGGCGCUUGCGAGGCGCCCUCUGGGUCGGGCGCGCCCCCAGAGCAGGAGGCCGAGGAGCCCACCGCAGUGUCGUCAGCCAGCGCAGCCCCCUCACAGGAGCCCCAGCCCGAGUGCAGUCCAGAAGCCCCCCAAGCCGAGGCGGCAGAGUAA